AAAGAAUCGAUAAGCUAUUGUAUAAAAAUGAUAAACGGGGAGAUACACAACCAUUGUAGUGUUAGGUCUCGUGCCGUGAGUGGUGAUCAUAAGAUGCACAGAAUGAUUUUAUUGGUGGUUGGGUUGCUGGGGCUCGCUAGUGUGGGAAGUGCGCAAAUAGUGCAACAAGGACAAUGUAGUUCAAUAAGUUCGAUGCAAAACUUCGUUUUGAACUCGUUUACCGGAACAUGGUACGAAAUUGGCAAGUCUACGGCGUCGAAUGCCGACUGUUCUAACCUGGCGUUUACCGUCGGUACCGACAAUGCCAUUUCUUACUCCAACCCGUCGGUGGUGAACAACUUCCUGCAGACCUCAACUGGCACGGCCAUUCUUACUACUGGCACGGCCCAGUUUAGCAUAACGUUGACCGGUUCUACCACCCCAUUUGACUUCUGGGUACUCGGAUCUGACUAUAAUAACUACGCCAUUGCCAUAAACUGUGUUGAUAUUAACACAACACAAAGAGAAUUAAACAUUUGGCAACUGGGCCGAGCAGUUAACUCGUAUGACACCGCAGCAACCUUGACUGCGGCCAACACCUUGCUCGCAGCUAUCAGUCUCAGCGUGAGCGACCUGACAGCCAUCGACCAUUCCACGACAGCCUGCACUCAGCUGCCCGUGAUAGGGGCAAACCAGCCUGUGAUACUGGAUGGACAGUGUAACACUGCUUCUAUACCAGUCGUACAAAAUUUUAACGUAACCAGCUUCUCAGGCAUAUGGCACGAGACCUCGAGUUACUAUUCCGCCAACGCAGUUGGAACCUGCGCAAGGGCCGAAUACACGCUAAUAGGAACGACAGUCGACGUAGUGAACAGCCAAGUACUCAACCAGCGACUGGAAACAAUUACUGGAACUGCAACACUCAUCGGCACCGACCAAUCUGGAAGAUUAAACGUGAUUUUGAAUGUAGGAGGAGUGCAAGUUGAUCAAGAACUUCUAAUCCUGGAAACCGACUACACCACCUUCGCUGUAUCGUACUCUUGUAUUGAUAUAUCAACAACCCAGAAACAAGUUAACGCUUGGAUCUUAAGCAGAGAUCAACAACUAUCUGCUGAAUCACAAAUUGAAGUCAACACAGUGAUCGCCUCUCUUCUCGAUUUGAACACCGCGUAUUUCCAAGCUACCGACCAGAGUGCCAAUGGUUGUUUCUACUUCCCCGUUUACCAAUCAGGACAGCCUGUGGUUUUUCCUGGCACGUGUGACAACACUAUCGCUGCCGUUCCCAGCUUUAACCUAGCCACGUUCACCGGCACAUGGCAUGAAGUAGAAGCCUAUCCAAAAGAGCAACAGACCGGAACCUGCGUCAACCACGUAUUUAGCACAGGCAUUGGCAACUCCCUCAAUUUGGUUUCUAAUCAGGUUGUUGAUCGAACAUUAACUUCGUCUAGUGGCAGUGUUACUCUGGUCUCUACUGAUGGAAGUGGUAGACUCUCGCUCACUAUGACUGCUGACGGACAACUUAUCGAAUUCCCUUACUGGAUCCUGGCUACGGAUUACGAGAACUACGCUUUGGUCUACAGUUGUGUUCAACUGGAUACUGCUAUUGCAAGUAGAGCAGUGUACAGUUGGAAACUGAGCAGAAACCAAAUCCUGUCACAGGCCUCGGCCGAUCUUAUCACAACCGCUAUGAGUCUAGUUCAAGUACUGGAUGAACAGUACUUUGAAACUGUUGACCAAUCUGCUGACGGAUGUUUCGUCUACCCCGAUAUCGCUGCUGGCGAUCCUAUAAUUCUUGAAGGAGAGUGUGGAACUGUUACGCCAGUAGCAAACUUCCAAGCUAUACAAUUUACGGGAACAUGGUACGAGAUUGCCCGGUUCGCGUCUGCUCGCCAGAGCGGCAACUGUACCGCAAUCCAGUUCACAUCCACUACUCAGGAUACCUUCACGUUGACCCAGACCAUAGUCUACAACGAGCGACUGACUACAGUGUCAGGCACCGCCACCCUGGCUACUGACGGCAGUGGAACCUUGACUGCUACUCUUAGCGAUGGAGCUGGCCUUUCCUACACAACGACAUUGUAUAUCUUGGAUACCGACUACAAUGAAUUUGCUUUGAUGUAUGGCUGCGAAAACAUUGAAGGCACUAACAAUAGACAAAUCUACAGUUGGAAACUCAGCAAAUCGCAAUUAGGGUUCUCGCAGGCUGCCAAUGACAGAAUAUCUCAGGUGGUUACCGACACCUUAGACCUUUUAGAAAGAUAUUACCAGACUACUGGUCAAACUAGUUCGGACUGCUUCUAUUACCCGGUCUUUGAAGGGACCCCCGAGGCUAUUGUUUUGCCUGGCAACUGCCCCGCUGUCAGCGGUGUGGCCAGUUUCAACCCUACUAAUUAUCUUGGCCACUGGUACGAUGUCGCCAGAUAUCCCGUCGAAUCUCAGUUCGGCACCUGCCCGCGAGCAGAGUACUCCCUUGUUGAUGGCGUCGUUACCAUUCGGAACACAAUGGUUGCCAACGAAACUCUGAGGGUACAGAAUGCUAUCGGUCGCCUUUCAGCUUUGGGCACCGGACUCGUCACAAUCACAGUAGUGUUGGAAAACGGAGAGGAAUCUGUGCUGCCAACCUAUAUCCUUGGCACUGACUACACUACUUACUCCCUAGUUUACGCCUGUCGUAACCUAGGCGAUGGUACUAGUAGAGUGUACAGUUGGAAACUGAGCAGAACACCGGCCCUGACUGUUGAAGCAAAUGAUGCCAUCAACACCAUCAUCAGCAGCACGCAGGGUCUGCUCGGAGAUUAUUACCAGACCCAAACGCACACAGACCAGGACUGCUUCUACGUACCAGAACCAGUACCUGGAGAAUCUGUGUUGUUCCCUGGAGCCUGCGGAGAAGUAACCGGCAUGCAGGGAUUCGAAGCUUCUCGGUACCUAGGCUGGUGGCAUGAGAUCGAACGCUACCCCACUGAUAGCUCCCCGGGCCAGUGCACCAGCGCCACCUUCGAGCAAGCGAGCGACGGCUCCUACAACGUCAUCGAGGCCAGCGUUUACGAUAACGUGGCCAAUGAGACCACAAGCAGCGCCGUCAUUACUCAGAACGGACUCAUCACGAUCACUAGAGAUGGAGCCACUACUCAAUGGACUGUGCUCGGCACGGAUUACAACACGUAUUCGCUUGUCUAUUCUUGCGAGGAUAUGACGACUGAAUCGGGUACAUACCGGCGAGUAUGGAGCGCUAAACACAGCAAAGCUCGCGAACUAACUGCCGAAGCCACAGCUGCCAUGCAGCCCCUUAUUGAAGCCAACCCUGUCUUGCAAGAUCAGUUCUAUGAGGCCGUCAACCAAUCAGAUGCAGCCUGCUUCCACUAUAGGGACGACGCUAGUACGCAAGUCAUACUGUCUGGCCAAUGCGAUACCAGUAUCCCUGUGCAAGCAAACUUCGAUACAUCGCAAUUUGCAGGUACAUGGUAUCACAUUGAGAGAUACCCUUACACAGCCAAUAACGACGGCCAAUGCAUCGGAACUAGGUUAGAAGUUGAUGGUGAUAGCGUCUCAGUGCAGCACUGGGAAGUUCGCGACGAAACUCUUCAUGUUAGAGAAGGCACUGCUACUGUCAAUGAAGCUACGGUCACAAUCAGAUUACCUGCUGAAGGCAGUGAAGAAUCUGUGCCUGUGGAAGUCCUCAUUCUAACCACGGACUAUGAAGGAUAUGCUUUGGCAUAUACUUGCACUAAUAUCAAUUCCUUCCAGAGAACAGUCGGUGCGUUCAAGCUGAGUCGCACCCGCACACUAAACAACGAUGCCCGAUACGCCAUCAACACCUACAUGGCCACGAGGGAGGAGCUCCACCAACCCUACUUCAUCAGCAUCACACAACGCGAAGACUGCGAUGAACCCAGCUCCGCCCUUCUCGUCAAGAGCAGUAUUAUUGUCAUGCUAGUCUCCGUAUUCGUACAUUUAGUUAAAUAGACUAGCUUAGUCUUUUAAGUCGUAAUUUAUUUAUAAUUUAUAUUUAAUUGUUUUAAGAAGUAAACUAUUUGUUUAGAUCUCA